AUGAUGAGCAGUAAUUACUGCAGCAACACUUCAGCCAGCAUGAGUGUCAACGAAAUGUCUGCCUUCCCCCUGACUUUAGAACAAAAAACUGGCUUUGCCUUUGUGGGGAUUUUGUGUGUUUUCUUGGGACUUCUAAUCAUCAGAUGCUUCAAAAUCUUGCUAGACCCCUACAGUAGUAUGCCUUCUUCUACCUGGGAAGAUGAAGUUGAGGGGUUGGAUAAAGGAACAUUUGAAUAUGCUCUUGCAUGA